AUGGACGCCGACGCAGAGAGGGAGAAGAUCGCCCAGGAGAUCCGGGAGCUGGAGUUGAUCCUGGAUCCCGGCUCCUCGGGCGUUGGCGUGGAGCUCUCGGAAUCAAGCCUUGACUCGGAUUCCGAUGCCGAUUCACUGUGCAGUGAGGAUGCCUACCUCCCCGGACCCCUAAUCUCGGAAGAGGAAAGGUGGGGCGAGGCCAGCAACGAGGAGGAGGACCCCAAGGAGAGAAACCUCCCCGAGGACCCGGAGACGUGCCUGCAGCUGAACAUGGUCUACCAGGAGGUUGUGCGGGAGAAGAUCGAGGAGACCAACCUGCUCCUGGCCCAGAACCGUGCACAGCAGGAGGAGCUCUCAUGGGAUCUGGCUGGCUCCAAGGGCCCCAAAGUGAAGUAUAGGAGGAACCUGCCCCCCCACAUGUACAUCGGGCACUUCAUGAAACCUUACUUCAAGGACAAGGUCACCGGAGUGGGGCCCCCAGCCAAUGAAGACACGAGGGAGAAGGUGGCCCAGGGCAUCAAGUCCUUCAAGGAGCUCCUGGUGACCAAGUGGAAGAGCUGGGAGAAGACUUUGCUCCGGAAGUCCGUGAUGAGUGACCGCCUACAGCGUCUGCUUCAGCCCAAGUUACUGAGACUCGAGUACUUGCAACAGAAACAGAACCGGGUCUCGAGCGAGAUGGAGAGACAGCUUCUGGAAAAGCAACUUCGAGACACGGAGAAGGAGAUCGAAGACAUCCACCAGCUCCCGGAAGAGGCUCUCCUGGGGAACAGACUGGACAGCCAUGACUGGGAGAAGAUUUCCAAUGUGAACUUUGAAGGCGGCCGCAGCGCAGAGGAGAUCCAGAAGUUCUGGCAGAACUCCGAGCACCCGAGUAUCAACAAGCAGGAGUGGAGCGGGGAGGAGCUGAGGCGGCUGAAGAGCAUCUCGGCCCAGCACGGCCACCUGCAGUGGCAGAAGAUAGCCGAGGAGCUGGGGACACGGCGCAGCGCCUUCCAGUGCCUGCAGAAGUUCCAGCAGCACAACAGCGACCUGAAGCGCAAGGAGUGGACGCAGGAGGAAGACUGCAUGCUCACGCAGCUGGUGCAGGAGAUGCGUGUCGGCAGCCACAUCCCCUACCGCAAAAUGGUGUACUACAUGGAAGGGCGGGACUCCGUGCAGCUCAUCUACCGGUGGACCAAGAGCCUGGACCCCCGGCUGAGGAGGGGCUGCUGGGCCCCCGAGGAGGAUGCCAAGCUGCUUCAGGCUGUGGCCAAACACGGAGAACAUGACUGGUUUAAAAUCCGGGAGGAGGUGCCGGGCAGGAGUGACGCCCAGUGCCGUGACAGGUAUAUCCGAAGAUUGCACUGCAGCCUGAAAAAGGGGCGAUGGGAUCCGAAAGAAGAAGAGAAGCUGAUUGAACUGAUAGGAAAGUACGGGGCCGGUCACUGGGCAGAAAUCGCAGCCGAGCUGCCCCACCGGACAGGCUCCCAGUGUCUAAGCAAGUGGAAGAUCAUGGUCAGGCAGAAGCAGCAGAAUCGCUCGUGGAGGCGGCGGCGGCCCCAGCGGUGUGUCCGAUGGAGCUCAAGCAGCGAGGACCGUGGGGGCAGCAGCAGCAGCGGCGAGGACACCCGCGGGGCCAGGGAGGGCGAGCCAGCGUGGGCAGCCCCGUACGUGGUACCCAGCAUGGACCUGUGGGUUCCUACCAGGCAGAGCACCGCAGAGCUGUGGAAAGAGGGUGCACGGGGCUGGCUGGAACGGCCGCCUGCCUCCCCCAGCCUCCCCAAGGAGGCUGAGGCUGGCCGCAGGCGCAGAGAGGGAGCGUCUGCCACAGCUUUGGAACCCAGAGCAGACGCCACCCAGGCCUUGGGGCUCCACAGCAGCACCCAGCACCCACGUUCAGCAGACACUUGCUCGGCCAACAGCCAAGAGCUGGGAGACCAGAGGGAGACGCCCCUGCGGGAGGUGCCCCUGGAGACCGUGCUGCGGGUGCUGCGGGCCAACACGGCCGCCCAGGGCCGGGAGCUGGUGCGUGCCUGCACCCCUCCACCCUCACCUCCCUCCCUCCCGCAGCCACGCGCACACCCACGCACACGGAUGCACACGCACGCUCCCGACGGCGUCUGGAGCCAGCUGCAGGGCGUCCAGCUGGCGAGCACGCCAGUGUUCACCCUGCUGAUCCAGCUUUUCCAGAUCGACACUGACGGCUGCAUGGAGGUCAUCUGUGAGAGGAGGGCCCAGCCACCCACCACACUGCACCACCUGCAGGCGCCCCUGAGUGCCCAGCGCUGCCCAGGCAGCCUCUCUUCAGCCAGACCAACUCGAGAAGCUACAAGGCGGAGCGCUGGCCGCAAAAGGAGUGGGGGGCUGGGAGUGCGCCAGCGCAUGCCCACCCUGCCGCCAACCCCCUGGCCAGCCCCCUCAGGCCCCCGGCCCAAACCCAAGACUGUGUCCGAGCUGCUUCAGGAGAAGAGGCUGCGGGAGGCCCGGGCCAGGAGGGCUACGUCGGGCCCCAGGACGCUCCCAGUCCAACUGCUGGUCGCCCCACCCGGGGUCCCCCACGGACCCCCAGCUGUCUGUAGUCUGACACUCCCAGGACUUAGCGUCUCCACAGGGGCUGGCCCAGGCCCCGCUGGCUUUUUGCAGGCCCCGGCCCCCACCCCCAGAGGGGCCAGGAACUCAGCCCCGAAGGCCAGCAGGACCCCAGUGCCGGGCCCUGGCCAGGUCCCUGUCCUUGGCCAGCGUGGUGUCCAGGGGCUGUCACAGGGUCCUACCAUGCUUCCGCCCUUCCUUCCUGCAGCCCCCAGUCUGGUCCCAGCCCACAUGGUGGCUGGUACCGCGCUGCCUGUGACCUGGGUGCUCACGGCCCAGGGGCUGCUCCCUGUAUCUGUGCCUGCCGUGGUGGGCCUCCCCCCGGCGGCAGGGACCCCAGCCCCAGGGCUGUCGAUGGCUCUGCUACCCUCCCCAGUGGGGACUCAAGCCAACGAGUACACCCAGGCCUCACCCCCCAGGACAGCCCCUACACCCCAGCACAGUCCUGCAGAGGCAGCUGGGGACUCGGCCUCUGGCCCGGGAGGGCUGCCUUCGCCACAAGCAGCCCAGAGGGCUCCAGAGGCCGCUGCUCCCCCGCUCCCACCUGAAGCGCUCUCCCAGGCCGCACUGCUGUCCUGCCAGCCUGAAGCACAACGGCCCUGGACCGGACGCCUGCCUUCCUGCAGUGGUCCAGGAGGGUCAGCCGCGUCGCCCUCAGGGACAGGGGGCCCUGGGGCCCUGGAGAAGCUGCCCUCGCCCCAGCCUGGCUCCAAGAAGGGUACCCUGGACAUGUGCCUUCUCUUCCCGGAGGGCUCAGAGGACACUGCCGCCUGGCUGCGGGGACAGCGGGGGGUGUGCGUGCCGCCCCUGGGGAGCAGGCUGCCCUACCAGCCCCCUGCUCUCUGCACCUUGAGAGGCCUGUUCAACCUCCUGCUCCACAAGGCGGCUUUGGAGCGCAAGGCUGCUGCCCUCGUGCCCGGUGGCACGGUGGGCGGUGACAGUGGGCCCCCGGCCGAAGCCCUGCAGGCCGUGCUGGGGAUGGUGCGGACGCGGCUCAGGGACAACUCGGCCUACCUGCUGCUCAAGGCCCGCUUCCUGGCAGCCUUCUCCCUGCCCGCCAUGCUAGCCACCCUACCCCCCCACGGUGUCCUCACCACCCUGUCAGCUGCCACAGGGCUGGACCCUGAGGGAGACAGUGAGGAGCUCCUGGGAGAGCCUGGGUCCCCUGACGGGGUGGGUCACAUGGCCAGCAGCCCCCCGGCAGAGCCACAGGCCUCGGCCCCCUGCUGCCUGGACACCCAGGACGACUGUGGGCUCAGGACUCGUCACAGUCGGAAGCGGAGGCGUCUGUCCUGA